AUCUCCAAGCCGCUGAUGGAGAAGAAGCGGCGGGCACGCAUCAACGUGUCGCUGGAGCAGCUCAGGUCGUUGCUGGAGAAGCACUACUCGCACCAGAUCCGGAAACGCAAGCUGGAGAAGGCAGACAUCCUGGAGCUGAGCGUCAAGUACAUGAACAGCCUCCAGGACUCGCUGCAAGGGCUCUGGCCGGUCCCAAGCGGAGCCGAGCACCCGUCGGGCUUCCGCGGCUGCCUGCCCGGAAUGAGGCAGCUUCUGCGGCGCGGAGAAGAGGGCGGCGGCGGCCUGCGCUGCCCCCUGGCGCACGAGGACGCGGGCGGCAGGACCACGGACAGCGCCACUCCCGGCCCGGAGGCGCCCGCGGCGCGGCGCCGCCCCUGCGCCCCGGCCGUCUGGGUGCCGGAUUCGGCCGCCGGCGGCUCGCGGUCCCCACCGCCCCGGCUCCUCCUCCCUGCUGCUCUCCCCGUCCCGUUCCCCAGCGUCUCGGCCUCGCAGUCGGCGUCUCGCCACUGCGCCGAGAGCCCGGGGUCAGGGCUGCGCCUGUGGCGGCCCUGGUGA